CACCCUGCUUUCCACCGCUUAUGCGGUCCAAGUACCCCUAAAGUUCAUACAUAUUUACCCACAUUUUCCAUAGUAUAAAAAGGUCUGAUUUCUCUCAUCCCUCCCGCACCACGGCACCAGACCCUAGCCACGACUUUCCCCAAGCCUCAGCCCCUCUCCCCGCUCGUGUCUCCAAGCCGCAACGGCGCAGCUCCUCUUCUUGGACGCCGAAACCGGGCACCGUCGUAGCCCCUGUCUCCGCUCGUCUCCGGGACCCUGCUUGGCCCUCUCCGGCGAACCUCUGUGCCCCUGCUCCGCCGCCAGUUCGACGCCGCCUGCUCCAGAUCGACGUUGUCGUCCUCCGUCCUUUGUCCGCCUGCUCCAGAUCGACGACGCCUGCUCCAGAUCAAAUCCGGCCUCCGUCCUCUGUGCCCCUGCCCUGCCGCUCCCAGAUCGACGCCCUACCGCUCCAGGUCGAGCUGCUGCUCCAGAUCGACGCCCAACUGCUCCAGAUCGAGCUGCUUGUCCCAGAUCGACGCUAAGGUAAUUAGUUCAGUGCUUUCUUUUGUGGUAAUCUGAACAUUGUGACUGGUAAUUUUUUUGUCAAAGAAGUAGUUGCAAUUUAGAAGGUUGGAAGUCUCCAAUUUUUCUGUCACUGAACAGCCAAGAAUAAUUAGUUCAACCUAUCAUGCAUAGAUGGAUAACAUGCCAAAGAACAGGAAACCAAAUGCUCAAUGGGAUCUCAGUGCUGCUAGAAUUUUUAAUGAGAUAUGUGUGGAAUAAGUAUUGACAAAUAAUAGACCACAAGGUUGUUUGAACAACAAAGGGUACGCCAAUCUUGUAGCCAAGUUUAAUGAAUGGUCAGGCAGAAAUUACACCCGUGUUCAAAUGAAAACCCGUUGGGAUGCACUGAAAUCUGACUUUACAACAUGGAAAACACUACUCCUUAGUGUGUCUGGGUUAGGAAGAGAUCCAAGGAUUGGUUCUAUUACAGCUAGUGACGAAUGGUGGGAAGAAAAGAUAGAGGCCAUGCCAGCAUGCAAAAAGUUUAGGCUUGCAGCAUUGGAGAAUGAAGAUCUUGAAAUAAUGUUUAAUGGGGUGUCCUGCACUAAUGCAUAUGCUAUGGCUCCAGGGGCAAAAGAAGGAUUGCCUGCCAAUGAUAGUGAUGAUGUGGAGGAGGUGUCUCCAAGUGUUGAGGACAAGCAAGCUAGAAAAAGAGGUGUUGAUCACAAAUCCCCAAUUAAAAAAUCAAAGAAGAAUUUUAGAGAUAUGCAGUUCAAGCGUUUUGUGGAUUCAUUUGUGGAAAAAGCUAGUUCAAGCAAGUCUUCCGCAACAUCUUCGCCUAAUGAUCAUGUUAGGCAAGAGAUAACAGAAAUGAUGGAAUCAGUUAUCUCAGCUGGGAUAGUUGAAGGAAGUGAUGACAUUUCUAUGCCACUCAACUUCUCAUCAAGAAGGAGUAUCGAGAUGUGUUUCUCACACUAAAGAUUCCAGAAGGGAAGCUUGCAUGGCUCAAGAGAACUUGGGAGGAGAGGAAAAAACAUAAGCUAGUUAUAUGUAUUCAUGCUGUAUCUUGAACUUGAUUAGUAAUGCUAUUUGUUCAUGUUGUAUCUUGAGCUUGAUUAGUAUUGCUAUUUAUUCAUGUUGUAUGGUUGAGUUAUAUUAUUCAUGUUGUAUGGUUGACAGAUGGCUUUCACCUCAAGUGAAUCAAAUGAAGCUGACAUAACAAGUAAUUCAAGUGACUCAAGUGACUCAAGUGACUGGAUGUGUGAAGCUGCUGCAAUUGCAGCUUAUGCAAUGCUCGAUUGCGGUACAUCAUCUGGAAAGAAGCAAAAAAUAAGUGCAGGAGACUGGUUAUCAGUGGGUUCAGAGGCAUCUCAGUUAUCCAGAGAGUUGUUAUGAUAUGUUUAGAAUGAGAAGGUCAGUGUUCUAUAGUUUGCAUGACAUUUUAGUUAACAGUUAUGGUUUACGAUCAUCAAAUGAGAUGUGUUCAAUUGAAGCACUUGGC